AUGCUGAAUUGUGUUGCCUCAGUGCAGGAGGCCUUGUGGUGUUCUUACCUUACCCAGGAGGACCCAGACAGACCAGCAGUGGCUCCAGAUUAACCCAUAUUCUGACACUCAGAUGAUAUUGGCCCACUGACAUCGGUCUUUCCACAAUGGUUGUGCCUGAAUCACAGGACAAAAUGUUCUACCCUCCUGAUGACUUGAAGAGGGAUGCUCACGUGCCUGAUUUUGACUCCUAUUUGGCACUGUACAGGAAGUCUCUGGAGAAUCCAGAAGCUUUCUGGAAAGAGAUCGCUGAUGACUUCUUCUGGAAGAAGCCAGCAACAGGACCAAUGAUGCAGUACAACUUUGAUAUGACAAAAGGGAACAUUUAUGUCAAAUGCAUGGAAGGGGCCAAAACCAACAUGUGCUAUAAUGUCCUGGACAGGCUUGUGAAGGAGAGGAGUCUCGGUGAAAAAGUUGCCUAUUACUGGGAGGGGAACUCACCAGACCACCACAUGUCCAUCACCUACCGCCAGCUGCUGAGCCAGGUCUGCCGCUGUGCUAAUGUCCUCAAGAAAAUGGGUGUAAAGAAGGGGGACAGGGUGUCCAUCUACCUUCCCAUGAUCCCAGAGCUGGUCUACACUAUGCUGGCCUGUGCGAGGAUAGGUGCUGUUCACUCUAUCGUGUUUGCCGGCUUCUCCUCUGAGUCUCUGUGUGAGAGGAUAAUGGACGCCCAGAGCUGCGUCCUGGUGACGGCAGAUGGUGUUUAUAGAGGAGAGAAGCUGAUCAACCUGAAACAGAUUGCAGACGAGGCCCUAGAGAAGUGCAGGGAAAAAGCAUCAUCUAGUGUCACUAAAUGCCUCAUCGUCAAGCACCACGCACUGAGGACAAAAAGCGGAGCUGCCUGCAACAAACUACAGACCCCCUGGGACUCAGAGUGUGACGUGUGGUGGGACGAGGUGAUGAGAGACUCGCCUGAAGAGUGUGAACCCGAGUGGCUGGAUGCUGAGGACCCGCUGUUUAUCCUCUACACCAGCGGCUCCACUGGGAAACCCAAGGGUGUUCUUCACACUGUUGCUGGUUAUCUGCUCUACACGUCGCUGACCUUCAAGUACGUUUUCGAUCAUCACCAUGACGACGUGUACUGGUGCACAGCUGACAUCGGCUGGAUCACCGGCCACUCCUACAUCACAUAUGGUCCCCUUGCAAAUGGUGCCACGAGUAUCCUGUUUGAAGGUAUUCCAAUCCACCCACAUGUGGGCCGGUUCUGGGAGAUCAUUGAGAAGUACAAAGUGACCAAGUUCUACACAGCUCCGACAGCCAUCCGCCUGCUGAUGAAGUACGGACGGGAACCGCUGCAGAAGUAUGACCUCUCCAGCCUGAGGAUUCUGGGUACUGUUGGUGAGCCGAUCAACCCAGAGGCGUGGCUUUGGUACCACGAGGCCGUCGGUCAAGGCAGAUGUCCGGUGGUCGACACUUUCUGGCAGACAGAGACGGGAGGGCACGUUUUGACUCCACUUCCUGCCGCCACGUCGCUGAAACCAGGCUCUGCUACCUUUCCUUUCUUCGGGGUAGAGCCGACAAUCCUCAACGAACAUGGAGAGGAGCUGCAGGGCGAGGCUGAGGGUUAUCUCGUGUUCAAGAGACCCUGGCCUGGAAUAAUGCGCACUGUGUACAGAAACCAUGAGCGCUUUGAGAACACCUACUUCAAGAAAUUCCCGGGUUUCUACGUCACUGGUGAUGGCUGCAGGCGGGAUAAAGACGGCUAUUAUUGGAUCACAGGACGAAUAGACGACAUGCUGAAUGUGUCAGGCCACCUGAUGAGCACAGCCGAGGUGGAGUCGGCUCUGACGGAGCACCCGGCAGUGGCGGAGGCUGCGGUUGUGAGCCGGCCUCACAAGGUGAAGGGCGAGUGUCUGUACUGCUUCGUUACGCUGAAAAACAGCAGGGAGUUUAACCACACCCUGGUGGAGGACCUCAAGAGACAGGUGAGAGAGAAAAUUGGACCAAUUGCCACGCCAGACUUCAUUCAAAAUGCUCCAGCGCUCCCGAAAACCCGCUCAGGGAAGAUCAUGAGGCGAAUCCUCCGGCAGAUCGCCCGCAAUGAUAAGGACCUGGGCGACCUCUCGACCCUGGCCGACCCGAAGGUGGUGGAGGUGCUGUUUAGCCAGAGAUGUGAAGCCGCAUCCUGAGCAGACAACUUGAACCCCUGCUCUUUCCUUUCAUGCUAUGCAACUGUACAGAUGAAGAAAAUCACAAACUGAUGGAUCAGUGUGUUUGCGUGCACUCUUUGGGACUGAAAAAUUGUAUUGCUGACACUGAGAUGUCUAAAAUCAGCCCAGUCAUGAGGAAAGUAUGUUAGCAGUUAACGUUUCUGCAAACCACAGUGACGUCCAAGGUUGAUGCUUGUGCCAAACAUUGCACACCACGUUUACAUUAUAUGUUUAUUCUGGCAGUUUUGGUGGCAACAAAACCAGGUACUUGAUGCCAAACCAUGAUGUUUUCCUAACCCUUACCGAGAGGUUAUUGUGCCUAAACCCUAUCAGAACAUAAGCACUGUGACAAGAGAGAAAUAGAAAAUUCAACCUAAACAAACAAACGUCUAGUUUUAACUUACCUGUGGUUUUGCAGAAACGUAAUUAGCUAACAUUUAUCCUGCCGACUGGGUUGUUAAAAUAUGGAGAAAAAUCAAAUCAAAUGUCACUGGUGGAUUUAUGAACAUGUAUGUAUGAUGAGAUGAGGCUGUGAUAGGCUUUAUGCCAAUAUGUCAAACAACUAGACACAGAAUAACUAUCUUUUAUAUUUCAUUUUAAGUAUUAGUAUUAGUUUAGUUUGUCUUGCCUUGUAAAUCUUGAAGUAAAUAAGCUUUGCGCAGCUUUUUUUGUUGACUGACGUAUAUUUUCAAUGUGUGAUUUGUUUCUAUGAACUGAGAUUAAAGUGCUCCUUCUGUGA